GACUUGGUAUACUAAAAAGAAAGCUUCUUCAAAGGACCUGAGCUUUUGCUUCUUUGUCUGCCAUUUAAUUUCCAUAAAUAUAUUAAAUCACUUCUCUCAUUUCCCACAAACAAAAAAACCUCUUUCUCUGUUUUUUCACUUCUCACUCUCCCUUUUAAAAUCACUAGUGCUAGUAACUCUUUUCUAGCACUUACAAAUAUUUAAGUCUAUGGUUUAGUGGUGAGGAAGAAGAGAAAAACUAAAGUGGGGUUUUGUUCUUGUAACUCAUUUUUCUUUUGUUUAAUCUUGAAAUCACUAAAUUAGUCGCUUUAGAGAAGAAAAAAUGGGUUCUUGAAGUUUUAGUUUGGAUCUUUUUUGUGUUCUUGCAAAACCCCAUGUGAGUUUUGUGAUCAAAAAUCCAUUUUUUCAUCUCUACUUUGUUCAGUGAAUCUUUUUAAGAGAAAAAUGAUAUCACUUUCAGACCUUUACCAUGUUCUUACUGCUGUAGUUCCACUAUAUGUAGCUAUGAUCUUAGCUUAUGGUUCAGUAAAAUGGUGGAAAAUAUUUACCCCUGACCAAUGUUCUGGUAUUAACAGAUUUGUUGCUCUUUUUGCUGUUCCAUUGUUGUCUUUUCAUUUCAUUGCUUCAAACAAUCCAUAUGAAAUGAACUACAGGUUUAUAGCUGCUGAUACACUUCAAAAAAUCAUAGUCCUGUUUGUGUUAGCCAUUUGGUCAAGAAUUAGUUCAAGAGGGUCACUUGAAUGGUCCAUUACUUUGUUUUCACUUUCCACUUUACCAAACACUUUAGUUAUGGGAAUACCUUUGUUAAAAGGUAUGUAUGGUAAUGAAUCAGGGAGUUUAAUGGUGCAAAUUGUUGUGCUUCAGUGUAUUAUUUGGUACACUUUGAUGCUCUUUUUGUUUGAGUAUAGAGGUGCUAAAAUGCUUAUUGCUGAACAGUUUCCUGAUAAUGGAGGGUCAAUUGUGUCAUUUAAAAUUGAUUCUGAUGUUAUUUCAUUAGAUGGUAAAGAACCUUUAGAAACUCAAGCUGAGGUUGGUGAAGAUGGAAAAUUACAUGUAACUGUUAGAAAAUCAACUAGUUCAAGGUCUGAAAUAUUUUCAAGAAGAUCACAUGGGGGUCAUAAUUCUGGUCUUUCAUUAACUCCUAGACCAUCAAACUUAACAAAUGCUGAGAUUUAUUCAUUGCAAUCUUCAAGAAAUCCAACUCCUAGAGGUUCUAGCUUUAACCAUACUGAUUUUUACUCAAUGGUGAAUGGUAAAAAUGCAAAUAUGAGUCCAAGGCAUUCAAAUUAUGGAAAUUUUGGUGUUGAUGAGGAGAGUGGAGUUGCUGGAUAUGGGAGGCAGGGGAAUGCAGGGUACCCUGCUCCUACUAAUGCUGGAAUCUUUUCUCCGGCGACCGGUCCGGCAACAAAGAAGGCUAAUGGUAAAGAAGGCGGAAAAGAUCUUCAUAUGUUUGUUUGGAGUUCAAGUGCUUCACCAGUAUCUGAAGGAGGGCUUCAUGUCUUUAGGGGAGGAGGAGGUGAAUAUGGCAAUGAGCUUGGUGUUGGGGCCCACCCAAAAGAUUAUGAUGAAUUUGGCCGAGAAGAGUUCACAUUUGGAAACAAACAGAACCAGGAAGGUCCAGUGGUGCGUUCGAGCUCUACAACCGAGCUCCGUCCAAAGAUUGCUCAAGAAGAGACCAAAGCUACUGCCAUGCCACCAGCUAGUGUCAUGACAAGGCUCAUUUUGAUUAUGGUUUGGCGAAAACUUAUUAGGAACCCGAAUACUUACUCAAGCCUCAUUGGCCUUACUUGGUCCUUGGUCUCGUUCAGGUGGAAUGUUCAAAUGCCUGCUAUUAUAGCUAAAUCAAUAGCGAUUCUUUCUGAUGCUGGUCUUGGAAUGGCAAUGUUUAGUCUUGGUUUGUUCAUGGCAUUGUCGCCUAGAAUCAUUGCUUGUGGAAAAACGAUUGCUAUCUUCUCAAUGGCUGUGAGAUUUCUUACUGGUCCUGCAGUUAUGGCUGCGGCCUCCAUUGCUGUUGGACUUCGAGGUGCCCUUUUGCAUAUUGCUAUCGUUCAGGCAGCUCUACCUCAGGGAAUUGUUCCGUUUGUCUUUGCCAAGGAAUAUGGUGUCCAUCCUGAUAUAUUGAGCACAGGGGUUAUAUUUGGUAUGUUAGUAGCUCUUCCUAUCACUUUGGUCUACUACAUUUUGCUGGGGCUUUGAACCUGAUGAUCAAGAACCAAGCUACUGAAGUUUUUUGUAAAGGAAAAAACUAAAGACCCUUUUUGGCAUGGGAUUAUUUUGGAUUCUAACAGUAUAUGAAUUCUCAGAAAAAGUAAGAGAGGUAGAGACAAGAAUGAAAGCAAAGUGGAAUUGUGUAUGGUCAAUUUUUGGGCACAACCAAUAGAGGAGUCUUAGUGGAAUUCUUUUGUUGUCUCCUCCUUUUUUGAACUUUUGUGUUAUCCUAGCCCUACAUGUCUUUUGUUCCUUUCCCUGAAAAAAGUGAAGUUCAUUUUUCUAUUUUAGGUUGCCAUCCAUCGUCUAAGGUGUACCAUUUAUUUUGAAGGAUUCAAAAAGAUACUACUACUAACCUAAUUAAACACAAUUUCUGUGGGAAAA